AUGGCGUUGAAAGUGCCACGCGCAGGCGGUCCUCAUCUGUUCAAGGAUGGAUACAAGCACUUGCAAGGUAUCGAAGAGGCAGUCCUUCGCAACAUCCAAGCUGUAAAUGAACUGUCUGACAUUGUACGCACUUCCUUUGGCCCUAAUGGGCGAAACAAAAUGGUCGUGAACCACCUGGGCCGCAUAUUCGUCACGAGCGAUGCAGCGACCAUCAUCCGCGAGAUGGAAGUGGUUCAUCCGGCGGCCAAGCUGCUUGUGUAUGCUUCGCAGCAACAGGAAGCUGAGAUGGGUGACGGGACCAACUUCGUCAUCAUUCUGGCUGGCGAGCUCUUGCGCCAAGCUGAGCUAUUGAUCUCGCUCGGCCUGCACCCGACAGAGAUCGUGCAGGGAUACGAGCUCGCCCGCGAUCGAGCUCUCGAGUUGCUGGAAAAUCUGUCGAUCGCGACGCUCUCGACUCCGCCAACGCAGGAGUCGCUUGCACUUGCUCUGCGGCCGACGCUGGCGUCGAAGCAGUACGGACAUGAGGAAAUUCUCGCGCCUCUUGUGGCUCAGGCCGUGAGCCUAGUGAUACCAACGUCGCCCUCGAAUACGCUCCGUGACUUUAGCGUCGACAACGUGCGCGUGGUCAAGAUCAUGGGCGGGAGUCUCUCGCAGAGCCGCGUUGUGCGUGGUAUGGUGUUUGGGCGAGAGCCCGAGGGUCAGGUCAAGGCUGUGAGUGCUGCGAAGCGCCUAUGUCGCCUGCUGGGAGCUACGCCCCUCGCACGUAUCGGUGCACCGAUGCCUGAAGAGGCAGGCUUCAUUGAUUCCGCUAUGACCACGGAAAUCGGUGGCGACCGAGUCACCGUGUUCCGUCAAGAGGACGGCGAAAAGGGCGGCAAGGCACAGCCACGCCUCGCGACGAUCGUUCUCCGUGGCGCCACGACAUCCAUGCUGGAUGACACAGAACGCACAAUCGAGGAUGGCAUCAAUGCCGUCAAGUCACUUACGCGUGAUCCACGCUUGGUCCCUGGCGCUGGAGCGUCGGAAAUCGAGCUGGCUCGGCAGAUUGUUGCCUAUGGUGAGCGAACGCCUGGGCUUAACCAGCACGCGAUCAAAAAGUAUGGCGAGGCUUUGCAGGUGAUUCCUCGGACGCUGGCGGAGACGAGUGGUCUCGAUGCAACUGAUGUCGUGAGCAAGCUGCAUGCGCAGCAUGCGGCCACAGAGAAUGCUGAUACUGGCGUCGACGUGGAGCAAACGACCGAUGGCACCAUGUCGACGGUCGAUGCCCAGGUGUUUGAUGUGCUGGUAGCGAAGCACUGGGCCAUCCGGUACGCAACGAACGCGGCCAUUGACGUGCUUCGUGUCGACUCCAUCAUCAUGAGCAAACCUGCGGGCAUCAAGGCUCCGGGUCGCAACCCAAACUGGGAUGAAGACUAG